GUGUCUACUUCAUGUGUACUUUGCGGAUGAAGCAGGCUGUGUGGAGGCUGAAAAGCUGAGUCAAGUGAAAUGAAAGAGAGUGGGUUGGAGUGAAGUAGUGGAGUCUGUGGAUGUCUCGAUGCUGUCGCCAUGGUGGAGGAGCAUCCAAUUCCUGUUCUUGCUUGUGUGUCCUUGCUGCUGGAUGAGUGGCAGCAGGGUCAUCUCUCUGGGGAGUCUGGGGUCAGUACCCAGCAUGGUGCUCAGCAAGCUUCUGGGCAGUGACCCUCAUUCAGUGCCUCUCUUCACUCCUUCCCAAAGCAGAGAGAAACCAGGAGCUACUGGUGCUCACGUACCCUCCUUUCUUCUCCCUCCUUUCUUCUCCCUCUGGCCAUCAGCCAUCUGCACUUACUGAGAACAGCCUGCAGUUACACCUGGCAAGGCAUGAGCCCUUGUGAUGGCAGCCAGAGCUGAGCUUACCACGGUGGCUCUGACAGGCCUGCGAGGAACCCCAAGCAUUCCUGCUCUGUUUUUAGGGGAUGUUGGUUAUUUCCAAGCCUGAGAGCCCUUGCAGUCUGGGGGACAAAUCCGUGCAGCUGUGCUGUGACAGUAACAUGCAGUGAGCAGCAACAGUGGGAUUAAUGAUUAACCGGGUAGGAGGAAGAAAGUACUUAAUCCAGCCUUGCUGAUUGGUCUCCUGAGAGGCUUGUGGAAAAAAGGCGCGAAAUCUGUGGGCCAGCCUCCAUCCAGCAGAGGUGGGAGAAGUGGCAAGUUUUGGGGUACAUGCUCACCCCCACAAUGCUUCUGCUGCAGGCCCGCUGGGCUGGGCUCUGCCUGCUGCUGCUUUGCCGAAGCUGCCAGCUGGAGAAGGCUACCAGGGGUUUGGAGGAAGCAGUGAAGUGUGAAAGCGUUACUGAAGCAGCCCUUGGUGGAGAGGCAAAUUUCUCUUGCAACUUCUUGUUCCCAAUGGAUGUCUUGCAAGUCACUUGGCAGAAGAUAACUGGGUCUUCCUUCCAGAACAUAGCCACUUACAGCCAAACCCAUGGACUGCGACUGAUAGGAUCAUUUCAGAAGAAGGCACGUUUCACCAGAGCAGCCCUGAACACCUCAGCCAUCACUCUGCAAAAUCUCACAUUUGAGGAUGUGUCCUGUUAUAGAUGCAUCUUCAAUGUGUUCCCUCAUGGCUCUUUCAGCAGCAAAGAUAUAUGCCUCAACAUCCAGAAAAGUGGAAACGCAAACAAACCAGGAGGCAAAAUGAUGAGUUUGGGUUCCCCUAGUACAAGAGGUAUUCAGAAGAGAAUAGGCCCUGUGGUGGUCUCCAUGGGUGUGGUCUUAGCAGUCUGGAUGCUUCUCAUCAUGUGGCUAAUCAACAGAAGGAGGAGAAAACUGCAGAAACAUAGAGCACCUAGCACACCUGAACAGGAGAAAGGCUUACGGCAGGAUGCAAGUGAGCAACCCGAAAGCCUGCACACACUGAAGGACCAAAACAGUGCUUAUCAAAAUGAGAAGCAGACACCAGGAUCUUCACUUCACAAAAGGCUACUGUCUCAGAGGAGAAAUCUGGAAGAGAACGAAGGAAGAGAAACCUGGAAGAGAAACAAGAAGCUCAUAUUUUCAGGGGAAGCUGACAGCCUAGAUGGUACCAUCUACAAUAUACAUCAGAGGGAGCUCACUGAGCUGUACAGUAAUGAGCUGGGCUGCUCACCCAUGGAGAACAACAGUGAGACAGAGGCAUGUGGGGAGUCUGAAUUAUGCCCUGCCAUGGCGACUCCUUGGCCCAGCACAGGAGAGCAAUCAGCCCACCAAAGCCCUGUCUCCACAAGUCCAGAGGAGCACUGAGGGCUUCACGCAGGUGGGGAAUCCAAGCUAAGGGCUCAGAGGAAGAGACAGCCUAUACAGGCCCUCCUGGUGCUGUCUCAGCAGUCCUUCAGUCCCACAGAUCAGGUGUGUGACCUGUCAAGCCACCGCUGGAACAUCUUUUUGAGGGAUCACUGUUUUAUGAGGGUAUGGGACAUGGGAUGGGAUGCAGUGGGAGAGUAUGUAUGUUUUCUUAUUAAAUGACUUUCCGUUUCCUAGUAGCAGGACUCUCUAUUUGAUGUGCUUGUGUGUAUGAGUGCCAGCAACUGGGCUGAGACCACGGUGCCAGGGACUAGAGACACCCACAUGAGCCAAACCAUCCACCAGAUUGACCAGGGUCAGCAUCCGUGUGUGGUGUCUGGGAUGAGUGCGGGUAUGCAGGUACAUGAGAGCCAGGAAGGAUGGCACUGGACCAGCUUGUGAGUAGAUGACAUGUGGCUC